AUGGAGUAUAAAGUUUAUGCUAAUAUUUUUGUUGUUGUCUUAUUCUCUUUACAGUUUAAAGAAGAAGUGGCUGCCUUGUGUGGUUCGCCGACCAGUCGGACUCUAGUCAUCAUAGCGGACGGCAUCCACGGACAGAGCUGUAACCUACUCGGCGUCAGUGACGAGUUCGUCGUAGAGUCCUGCAAAUCCUUCGGCGCUGCCUGCUCAUUGGAAAGGCAAGACUUACCGCAGGUGCCGUCGCCAGAGUUGCAGGUGAACAAGCUCAAGUUGGAUCUGUCAGGCUUCGGCAACGAGUACCGUUUCCCGGACCUGAGCCGGGCUGCCUUCUAUCUGAAGAUCUUUGGCACAUUUAGACAUCGAUACAUCAGUCUCGUCUGCCACAAGUGCGAUACCCACUUAGUCAGGCAGCUCAGAAUAACGCCGGAUACCAUGAUUAUGCGGAACAUAUUCCAGGAGUCUUUCAACUCGUACCGGACGAAACGAGAACCCAAGAUUUCGGAUUCUGAGGCCUUCAACAUCCAGUGCAACCAGCGCCUGGGCGAGGUAAAGCUGUCGUAUCGACGGGAGAACGUGCUCUACAUCCAGGAGGAGAAUCUGGUGGUUACGGUGGAAGGCGACGCCGUACGGAGUCUGAAUUUCAACUUAGGCUUUGAAGUCAACAUGGGCUUACGGGGCUUGGAAUGCAUGGGGACUUUCAUCAACGACAUCGUGACUGCAGACAGCCAGAGUGCCUUGGUCCGAGCCAUGUCCGACAAGACUCGCUUCUCGCACCAAGUCAACCGGGAGGUCAUUCACAGCAGGCUGUACAAUACCCUUGGCUCACCAAAAUAAAUAUGUAUUAUUUGUAAAUUUUGCAGGGAUGGAUCCAAAGAAAAAGGAGUGUCAAAGGGUCCUGAUACCCCCUUCUUCUUUUUUUAAAUAAAUGUUUUUAGAAAAGGUGGAACGUGCAAUUAAGCCAGCGCCCUCAAGUGUUAAAAAACACCGUCAUACCUAAGACUGCUAUUGAGGUGUGCUGGGUAUAGACCAUUCUGCGCUUGGUUGGCACUAUGCAUUUUUGCCAACCACGGCCUGCAAAACUAUGGAAGGUCCAA